AUGUCUGAGACUGCUCCAGCGCCAGCUGCCGAAGCAGCGCCUGCGGCCGUGGCCGCUCCGGCUCCUGCCGCUAAGGCUGCUGCUAAGAAGCCGAAGAAGGCGGCGGGCAGCUCUAAAGCCCGUAAGCCAGCUGGCCCCAGCGUCACCGAGCUGAUUAUUAAGGCCGUGUCCGCUUCCAAGGAGCGCAAGGGACUCUCCCUCGCUGCGCUGAAGAAGGCAUUGGCUGCUGGUGGUUACGAUGUGGAGAAGAACAACAGCCGCAUCAAGAUUGGGCUUAAGAGCCUCGUCGGUAAGGGCACCCUAGUGCAGACCAAGGGCACCGGUGCCUCCGGUUCUUUCCGCCUUAGUAAGAAACCUGGAGAAGUUAAAGAAAAAGCUCCGAAGAAGCGUGCAGCUACGGCUAAGCCUAAGAAGCCAGCUGCUAAGAAGCCUGCUAGUGCUGCUAAGAAGCCAAAGAAGGCUGUGACAGCGAAGAAGAGUCCUAAGAAGGUGAAGAAGCCGACAGCAGCUGCAGCCAAGAAAGCAGUUAAGAGCCCCAAGAAAGUGACUAAAGCUGCAAAGCCCAAAAAAGUGGUAGCCAAGAGUCCAGCCAAGGCGAAGGUCGUGAAGGCAAAAGCAGCCAAGCCCAAGGCCACCAAACCUAAAGCGGCCAAGGCAAAGAAGGCAGCGGCCAAGAAGAAGUAA